AUGGGUUCCAGCGCCGUUGACUUUACGCUGCUGCACUACAGCGAUGUGCACUCGCGUGUUGAAGCUGCCACCAGCACCUUUGGGCCCUGCACGGAAGCUCUGGAGGCGCAAGGCGUCUGCUACGGCGGCUUCGCUCGCAUGGCGUCGUACAUCAAGUCCGUACGGGCAUCGAAGGAGAACGUACUGCUCCUGGACGGUGGCGACAUGUCCGUUGGCACUAUCUGGGAUUACGUGUAUCGGAAUCGGGCGCCGUCGGCAGCCUUCCAGAAUGCCAUCGGUGUUGACGCUUUUGUAAGUGUGCGCGAUUCCCCUUAG